GGAAAGCACUUGCCGGAGUAACACGCUCUACUUGUGUUUGUACCCGUUUGCUCAACAUUUGGACCCCUUUCGGGCUACUGGCGGCUUUCUAAGAACAAUCUGACAAUUCGUUGGUUUCACGCUCGAACUCGAGAGCACAGACACUCAAAAUGUCAGCUGUAAAGGAACAAGCUUCCAAGUCUAAGCCGACGGCGGUGGAAUCGGUCAGUGCUGUCGAACAUUUGGAAGCUUUCAAGUCGAAGGUGAUGAAGGACGCUGAGGAAACCCUCCUUCAGAAGUUCCCCCUUCGAAUCUAUCAGCUCACCGAAUUGAUGAAAUCACCAGAGUUCAACAUGAAUUUCACGCAAUGUCAUGCUCCGAUCAAUAUCCCGAGACCGGACCCGUCGGGAGCGGAAACUAACGGCGGUGAUGCUGAAACUGAUCAAACGCGGAAAAGAAGAAGAGUUGAUGAAGAUUCCACGCAGGGCUCCGACGUCGACGGAUCGAAGGUUUUGUUGCUCCCGAACGGGCCAGUGAAACUUAACCAAACUCUCACCAAACUGUUCGAAAUCACUAAACCCCUGAUCGUUCAACAAAUCAACGAUUGUAAUUUGUUAAAAAUGUGGAUCGAAUUAUCGAUUCCGAAGGUCGAAGACGGUAACAACUUCGGCGUUGACAUCCAGGAGGAAUGUCUCAAGGAAGUGAGUUCCGCUGAGUCGGAGGCCGCCCUCUACCUCGACCAACCCGCCCGGUAUUAUAUGUCCCGCGCGAAAAUGAUCGUCAAACUGGCGAAGUAUCCCCACGUCGAGGACUACCGCAAGACAAUCGAGGAGCUCGACGAGAAACAGUACAUGAACGUCAAGCUCGUUGUCCGGGAACUUUUCAACAAUUAUGCGGCUAUCCACGACAUGUUAACGAAAAAUCUGGAGAAAAUUAAAAGACCGAGGACAACGAACGCCAACAGUCUCUACUGAGAAACUCUCGCAUACAACUUCCUGUUUCUGUCUGUAAUUUCUAUUAGUUUCAACGAGUGUUAAUUUGAGAUUUUUUCCCAUUUCGACCAUUUCCAAAUUGUCUUUCACCCAGCGAGGCUUUUAACCGAUGAAGACAAAGUUCUACAGGAGUCUCGUUCCGAAUCAGAACCACUCGAUACCACUGUGGCUCUGGUGUCUGACGGGUCGUCAAUAUUCCUUGGGGUAUUCUCACCCGGAGACACUGGGAGCGAAAGUGCUUGAAGGCAGUGAUGUCUGGUGGACGAAUACGAGUCAGGUUGUUGCUGGAGGCAUCGAAAUUAUUCGUCACACAAAAAACCCACUGACGUAACUCAUUCCGCGGGACGAGUGUUUGUGUGCGACCCUCUCUCGAAUUUCUUGAGGUCCGCAUCGGGAUAGAUGAAGAUAGAAAGCAAUGAAUAAACUCGGGGCGGAGAAAUGUU